AGCAUUCAAUCUUUCAUUCUUACUCAAUUAGAUUCCUUAGAAAAAACAGUCCUCUCUAUCUUCUUUAAACAACACAAACAACCACAAUGAAGCUCUCUAUCUUCUCCACUCUCGCCAUGGUCGCCCUGGCCUCCGCCUUCCCCCACGAGAAGCGCGAGACCACGGAGGCUCAGUGUGUCAAGCCCUACCUCUGCUGUGGAGAGCUCAAGACUCCCCUCGACGACACUAUUGACCCUAUCCUCGAGACUCUGGGUAUCAACGCCGCUAGCAUCGUCGGAUCCAUUGGUCUUGACUGCAAGGCUUACGAUGACUCUUGCAAGAGUGAGCCCCAGUGCUGCACUGAGGCUAACCUUUUGGGUGGUACUCUUGCUCUCGGCUGCUCUCCGCUCAAGUCCAAGUCCUCUUAAGUGAACGAUGCUUAAGAAAUGCUGGACUGUACAGAUUGUCUGAGUAGGGAUUUAUAUAUUAACAUUCGGAACGGUAUAUUGUUUAGCAUCAGAUAAUGUAAUAUAAUAUAAUCACAUUUGGUGAAGUACAUCCAUUUAU